AUGCAGCCAGGACAGCCACUACCACCAGGAGGACCUCCGCCGCAGCCGCCGCCGCCGCCUCCUCCUCCUCCUCCGCAUCCUCCGCAAACAUCAGGACGACCUCAGACCCGAGCUCCCGGCAGCUUCUCGCCUCUGCCGGGAGCUGCGAGCCCCUCCAUCGAGUCAACAAGUCGGCAGCCAUCGGUCCCGACGAAGCCGCCGCCCCUGCGCAUCGAUUCUUCCGGGAGCGAUGACAGUCUUGAAGCACCUUCUAUGCCCAUAGCUGCAUCGCGACAACGACCCGGCUCGCCCGCGACGCCCAUAUAUGCCCAGUUUGCCACAGCGCAUGCAAACUCAAGCAGCUCCAACGCACACCAAAACUUCUCCCGGCCGGCCCCCGGCCCAAGUCGUCAGGCACCUCCAGGAUUGUCGUCGCCUGUGCUGACGAGCCAUUCGAGGAAGCACUCGGCCACGCAGGGUUAUUUUGAUUCCACUCUCCCUUCCACCACUACGUCCAACCUCUUUCACGUCAGCAUGAGUGCCGCCGCCGGUCAAGCGGCGGCGGCGGCGGCGGCAGCAGCGGCAGCGUCGAGCGGAUCGUUAUCAGCUAGCCAAAUUGCCGCCCAGGCCGCGGUCAUGUCGCACCUCAACACUUCUCAUGCUCGCCAGCGAUCACAGACUGUGCCGUUUCCCGGUGAAGGCGCAGAUGGUAUGCGGCGUGCCAGCGGAUCCAAAGUGCCGCUCAGUCCGCCCAUUCUGAGUCUCACCGAGGCCAGUGCGCCCCGAGAUUCCGCCUUUGCUGGGCAUGGCGGCCAGCACUACGAUAAAGCUGCCGGGCCUCACUCGUCGGCCGCGACGGCAGCCGCCAAUGUUGUAUUCCCACGAUCAGGUCACAGCUCUCCAAGGGACAAAUCCGUCUCUCCGCAGCCUUUUCCACCCUUCCCGCCUGUGCCGCCACUACCCGCCACCGUUCCGGAGAAAUCAAAGACGGAGAAGUCGAAGCACAAGUUGUUCUCAAGGCCAGGAAAGGGUAGUGGCGGCAGCAAGGGCGAGGCCAAAGACAAGAACCUCCAAAGUCCCGGCAAGAUAGGAAGCGCCCUGUCUGCCUUGCAACGAAGCAACUUCAGUACCAGUAGUCUCGUAGACCAACCUGCCCAGUCACUCUAUAGUCUCAACAACUCAUCCUCUGCUACCAUCAGGCCCAUCGAGGUGUUCACGGAAGAAAAGGUCAAGGAGAAGGAGAAGAAACACCACCACUUUCUGUCUCGCCAAAAGCAAAAACUCAAGGACGAAUACCACUUGCCCCUUUCUUCAGCCUCAAGUAAUUCCAGACCGACAGACCCCAAUGCGCCCAGCAGCCUGUACAAUUUCAGCGUGCCUGCCAGCCCAGGUCCAGCGACGUCGACGUUUUCCAAAGGAAAGAAGGACAAGAAACUUGGCGAGAGGACGGACAGUCGCCUGGACACCGAAUCGACCUUCAACCUGGCGAGUGAGUGGUCUACAUCCUCGGGGUGGGCCCCCUUGUCGCAGCAGUCAACCUUGCAUGAUGUGGCAGAGCCUGGAAAGGCCGUCAGCCAGAGCAACCUGGCUCUCGACGAAGCUUGGCCCUAUCUGAAGGCAAAGCUGCUCGUUGUUUUCGAAGGCGAGGAUCUCCGUCUCCCGGUCGAGGACUUCAACCGUGUGGUUCAGACACAUAUUCAGUGGUGUAUCCACAAAAGGUCGCCCAACUCAAUGGUGGACGACCUGCGAGACUUGCUGGCCACGGGGUUCUCGGUACAAGACAGGACCCUGCGCCUGACACCCGAGGACCAGUUCAUCCCGGCACUCGUGGAACUCUGGAUGUUCACAUUCACAACCAUCCUGCCGUACAUGCAGUCGGUCUUCCUCCCUCUAGACUUGGAGGUCUCGGGCUGCGGCGUCAUCAUGACGCCCGAGCAAGCUCGAGACUUUUGGGGCGGGGCGGCCGCGUCCCUGUCGUCUCUCGGCAACAAGCCCAAGCCCAAGCCCAAGCCCAAGGCCGCGGCCGCGGCGCUGCUGGACGUCAGGAGACUCGUCCUCACGGCCUACCGCGACAUUGUUGUCCUGCCCCGGCACGACACCCUCAAGACGAUAUUCUCCCGCCUGUCCCUCGAGUUUCUGCCGUCGUCGUUUGCGCACACGGCGCUGGCCUCCCCGCCUCUGGAGAGGAUGCUGUCGUCGUCGCCGGCCGAGUCGCAGCAGUCCUUCGCCGCUCGUCCGGGCACCGCCGUGUCGGUCGAUCCUCUGGUUGGGAGCUACAACUCUACAAGCACGACAUUGCUCGGCGAGGGCUCAGAACGGGGGCGAAGCCGCGCGGUCAGCAACGUCAGUUUUGGCAGUCACGGUAGCGACGGCGCAGCUGCCAUUCGCCCCUUUACCCCGUCGGGUCUGCCUGCGCUCAGCAGCGUUCGAGAGCAGAAUGUGGAGGACUCGAAGCAGCUGACGGACAUGGUGGGCCGGAUGCUGCAGUGCAUGAGCGUCUUGUCCAGCAUCGGCGGCGUGGGCGACGUCGACGAGGGGAGCAGGAAGAUUGAGGAGCUGUGCAAGAUGCUCAAGCUUAACUGGUUGGGAAGAGGGAGGACGGGGAGAAACCGUAGGGGUAUUGUGGGCGGCAGGAUACGACGCGACGAGGCAAGGGAAGGAUUGCGGGUUGCUUGA